CAAAAAAAGCACUUCUCUCUCGAGUCAUCUGCCCCAGUAUGGACGCCAUGGCUUCUUCUUCUUCACUACAAUCAUUCGCCCCUUUCCACCAAACAAAAUCUCUAAUCGCGCCAACAAAACCCACAACGAAUUUACAUUUCUUUUACAAACCAAUUACCUUCGGAAGGAUCUCUACUAGAAACACCUCGACAUUAUCGGUAUCUGUGUCAGCAUCAAGCUCCAUGGACCUGCAACCAGUCGAAGAGCUACCUCCUAGGCUCCGAGAACUCAUCAAGCUUUUCCAGUCCGUGCAAGAACCAAAGGCCAAGUACGAGCAGCUCUUGUUCUACGGGAAGAACUUGAAGCCACUUGAUACCCAAUUCAAAACGAGGGAAAACAAGGUCGAUGGUUGCGUUUCCCAGGUCUGGGUCAGAGCUUAUCUCGAUGAAGACAAGGACGUUCUCUAUGAAGCCGAUUAGGACUCGCUUCUUACCAAGGGACUCGCCGCUCUGCUAGUUCAAGGGCUAUCUGGGAGGUCCGUCCAGGAAGUUUUGCAGGUCUCCCCGGAUUUCAUCGUGCUCCUCGGGUUGCAGCAGAGCUUGACGCCUUCGAGGAACAACGGGUUCUUGAACAUGUUGAGACUGAUGCAGAAGAAGGCUCUUGAGUUGUCAAUGGAAGCUGAGAAAGGCGAAGGAUCCCUUGCGAGCUCAAAUCCGGCGGGGAGAGAAGAUGGUGGUGUGGUGAACUUGAGUUCUGGAUUGAGUGAAAAUCCGGUAGAAAGUUCAGAGAGUGAAAACCGAGUUACAAGUCCGAAUUUGUGGAGUAAUGCAAAUGGGUCGAACUCGGGUGCCUUAGGGAGUAGAGGGACGAGGAUUAGGGAGAAGUUGGAGAAGGAGCUCAGCCCUGUUGAGUUGCAGGUGGAGGAUGUAUCAUAUCAACACGCAGGACAAGCUGGUGUGAGAGGCAGUUAUGGAGAGACCCAUUUCAAUGUGAGAGUUGUCUCUAAAGCUUUCGAAGGGAAGAGUUUGGUGAAGAGGCACAGGUUGGUUUAUGACCUGUUGCAAGCCGAGUUGCAGACUGGACUUCACGCAUUGUCCAUUGUUGCAAAGACACCAUCUGAGAUUGUCUUUUCUCCUCUGGAGCUUAUGAGAAUGCUUUUUACAUCAGAGCUGAUUUGAAUUGAAAUAGAGGCAGCCAAAUUGAAGUAGCCAAGCAAGCCUACUCCAUUUCUUUCUUCAUCUCUUUGUUCUGUAAUAUGAGCAACUAGAACAGCAGUUGGUGAACCGGUAAUCUCU